AUGAGGAGUCCCUGCUUUCUGCCGGCAGAUGGUCAGGUGCAGGAGCCGGCAAAAAUCGUCAGCAGCAGCCGUCGUUCCACGGGAGGAGGUCUUACCCCGGCCGAAGGCACUGCUUUCUCUCCAUGCUUCUCUAGAGGUGUUCAGAUGGGAUUAAAGUCCACAUGGAGAUAUGGAAAUGGACCAGGAAUUUACUGUAAAAAGAUGGUCGGCUGGGAUUCGGGUUGCCUUAUCUGCCUGGUGGUGUUCACCAUGGCUGGACUUACCCUGGCUCGACCUUCGUUUAAUUUAGUUGUCGAAGACGCCACGCUGGAACCUGAAGAGCCGCCAACCAAAUACCAAAUCUCUCAGCCAGAUGUAUAUUCCGCGCUUCCAGGAGAACCGCUUGAGUUGCGCUGUCAAUUGAAAGACGCCGUCAUGAUCAGUUGGACUAAAGAUGGGGUCCCUUUGGGGCCCGACAAUAGGACAGUGAUUAUUGGGGAGUACUUACAAAUUAAGGAUGCUGCACCCAGAGAUUCGGGCCUCUAUGCUUGCACUGCUGUUAGGACCCUAGACAGUGAUACUCUGUACUUCAUUGUAAAUGUUACAGAUGCUCUUUCCUCUGGGGAUGAUGAAGACGACAAUGAUGGGUCCGAGGACUUUGUGAAUGACAGCAACCAGAUGAGGGCACCCUAUUGGACACAUACGGACAAAAUGGAGAAAAGGCUACACGCGGUGCCAGCGGCCAACACUGUCAAGUUUCGUUGUCCGCAUCGUAUUGGUGGAUAUAAGGUCCGCAACCAGCACUGGAGUCUCAUCAUGGAGAGCGUGGUCCCGUCUGACAAAGGAAACUAUACGUGCAUAGUGGAAAACCAGUACGGCUCCAUCAAUCACACGUACCAUCUCGACGUUGUUGAGCGAUCCCCGCACAGACCCAUCCUCCAAGCUGGCCUCCCAGCAAACGCCUCUGCAGUCGUUGGAGGUGACGUUGAGUUUGUCUGCAAAGUCUACAGCGAUGCUCAGCCUCAUAUUCAGUGGAUAAAACACGUAGAGAAGAAUGGCAGUAAAUACGGACCAGAUGGACUGCCGUAUCUCCAGGUUUUAAAGGCUGCCGGUGUUAACACCACGGACAAAGAAAUUGAGGUUCUCUAUAUACGGAAUGUAACUUUUGAGGAUGCUGGGGAGUAUACAUGCUUGGCGGGUAAUUCUAUUGGGAUAUCCUUUCACACUGCAUGGUUGACAGUUCUGCCAGCUCCUGAAAAAGAAAAAGAAUACCCGACGUCUCCAGACUACCUGGAAAUAGCAAUUUACUGCAUAGGGGUCUUCUUAAUUGUCUGCAUGGUGCUGACAGUCAUCCUGUGUCGCAUGAAGAACACCACCAAGAAGCCCGACUUCAGCAGCCAGCCCGCUGUCCAUAAGCUGACAAAGCGAAUCCCUCUGCGCAGACAGGUAACAGAAAGUAGAUAAAGAGUGUCGGCCGACUCGAGCUCCUCCAUGAAUUCCAACACGCCUCUGGUGAGGAUAACUACUCGCCUCUCCUCUACUGCUGAUGCCCCCAUGCUGGCAGGAGUCUCGGAGUAUGAAUUGCCAGAAGACCCAAAAUGGGAAUUUCCAAGAGAUAAGCUGACGCUGGGUAAACCCCUGGGAGAAGGUUGCUUUGGGCAAGUCGUCAUGGCCGAAGCGGUGGGGAUUGACAAAGACAGGCCAAAAGAAGCGGUGACUGUGGCAGUGAAGAUGUUGAAAGAUGAUGCUACAGAAAAAGAUCUGUCUGACCUGGUGUCAGAGAUGGAGAUGAUGAAGAUGAUUGGGAAGCAUAAAAAUAUCAUCAAUCUCCUUGGAGCCUGUACCCAGGAUGGUCCAUUGUACGUGAUAGUAGAAUAUGCUUCCAAAGGAAACCUGCGUGAGUACCUGCGAGCACGCCGCCCCCCAGGGAUGGAGUAUUCGUUUGAUAUUAACAGGGUACCAGAAGAGCAGAUGACAUUCAAGGACUUAGUGUCAUGCACAUACCAGUUGGCAAGAGGCAUGGAGUACCUGGCUUCACAAAAAUGUAUCCAUCGAGACUUGGCUGCAAGAAAUGUUUUAGUAACUGAAAAUAAUGUCAUGAAAAUAGCAGACUUCGGUUUAGCCAGAGACAUCAACAAUAUAGAUUAUUAUAAAAAGACUACUAAUGGACGGCUUCCAGUAAAGUGGAUGGCUCCAGAAGCUCUGUUUGACAGAGUUUACACGCAUCAAAGUGAUGUAUGGUCGUUUGGUGUGUUAAUGUGGGAGAUCUUCACCUUAGGAGGAUCCCCUUACCCAGGAAUCCCAGUGGAGGAACUUUUUAAGCUGCUUAAAGAAGGGCACCGAAUGGAUAAACCUGCCAACUGCACCAAUGAGCUCUAUAUGAUGAUGAGAGAUUGCUGGCAUGCUGUGCCUUCACAGAGACCAACUUUUAAGCAGUUGGUGGAAGACUUGGAUCGGAUUCUCACUCUCACAACUAAUGAGGAGUAUCUGGACCUCAGUGGACCUCUCGAACAGUAUUCACCUAGUUACCCUGACACGAGGAGUUCGUGUUCUUCAGGUGACGACUCUGUUUUUUCUCCCGAUCCAAUGCCUUAUGAACCUUGUCUUCCCAAGUACCAACACAUGAAUGGAAGUGUUAAAACAUGAAAAGAAAUCAUACAGAGGAAUAAAGAAACAAGAACAUCAAGCUACCUACCAUAUACAAAGCAAAAUCUUUUCUCCAGGACCUUAAUGUUUCUGCUUGUACAUAUGAAAUAUGG